AUCCAGCCACCGUUGUAUCACAAAGUAUCUUUGCUCACAUCUCAUUCUGUCGACACCUUCUUCUCGACCAACUUCACUCCACCAUGCCCCCGCCGGAAAUUCCCUGGGUGCUCUCACACCCCAUCAUACUACACACUCUUUCCAUUCCCGCCAUCGGUGUGGCAUGCUUCCACUCGCUCAAUGUCGGUCCCUUUCCGUUGAAGUCUAUUCAACCAAUAACCAGUCUCUUGUCUAGGUUUGGCGAGCUGUCUCUGUAUUAUCAGCCCGAGAUGCCUCUCCUCAUAGAGUCUCCUCGCCCAGACCAGCAGCCACGGAGACUGCUUACCAGAAAUGGCGCGCUCAGCCCCUCAGAGCAAAGGGCAAAACGAUGCUCGCUUUCGCCUCGGGACUCGCCAUUUGGGUCUUAAUCAACUUUACAAUCAUUUAUCUCGUCCCCAAAAUCAAGUCUCAAUCAAUAAAAGACACCAUAGUGUCCGUAGUUUUGAGUUUGUGUUGCGCUCCCUCUAUCUAUGCGGUGAGUGAUGGACGGCUCGUCAACUGUUGUCGAAGCGCCCUGUUUGACGUCUCCUUUUCAGUUGAUCGGCUUUAUCAAGCCCCUGCCCAUGCACGUUCGCUACACUUGCAAGUCUCCAAAUGGUCCGACAAAUCUCCUAGUAUCACCAAUGGGCGACCCCAAAGCUGGAGCUCGUCAACAACUACUGCGUGCAGGUCUCUCACUAGCCGCCGCCAUUGACAUAGCGAUCUUGGCGGCUUGCGGCUUUACAGCCCAUCUGCCGAUCUUGGUGGCCAUCAUGACCUGGUCGUUCAUUGCCAAUACUCGCUCCCCUCGCAUGAGCAUCCGAGCCAGUAUCUUUCUACCCCUGGGAUUUUUGGUCUUCUCUUGUGUCUUCAUUGGCGCCGUUGGUGUAAUUGCAAAUCAUUAUGCCCCAAGUGGUGACUCGCAGGACGAACCACCGCCGGAUAGUACUGUCAACAGUGACUGGGUGCUGUACCUCGGUUUGACAUUCAGUUCCCUAGCUCCAAUGAUCAUCCCAGGCGUCAUCACUGCCAUGACGUUCCGUUUCGAAUACUCCCAAGCUACCGAAGAGGUAGACCGUUCGGCACAGAUAUCUGGCGAAGCCCCAGUCCGUAUCCCUUCCGAUUACCCAUCCUUCUCAUUCCCUAUCACCAUCACUUCCCUCGUCUCCUUGUUCCUGAGCCUUGCUCUCAUGGACAUCGCAUUGGCGCAGUACGGCGAUAAUGCUGUGAUCGUGGCCGUCACGCCGAUCCCUGUUAUACUGACAGUACCGGUGGUGUCUUUGUGCACGGCUUUGGCAGCAGCUCAACAAGGCAAGCUGGGGCUGUGGUGGCGCUAUCAUGAAUGCUGGAUUCCACAGAAGAAGAGUGACGUCGAGCAGGCCCCAAAAAGCCACGAGGAGAUCGAACAACAGGCUUUGUUGUCGUCGAACAACCCAGACGAACGAACCUAGAUCAUGGGUGCAGGAGUAGUGUAUGUUUUUACGGUACGAGUAUCGAUGAACACAGUCUUGUAUGCUACUUUUACGUGGAAUGAUUGCCCUUUGUUCUUGUGGAUAUAUCCAUAGCAUAUACGUACCCUCAACUUCAGCCCCUUCAGACCUCAGACUGGGCCUAGGCAGGCUUCAUGUUUAUGAAAGUGUAUGAAGAAUUCAAGAGGCGGAGUCAGCUGAGGUGGG